CCCCCCACGGGGCCCCCACACGCCUAUUAUAUUUAGCCACGGCCCGGCCGGGCUCUCAGUGCACCAGCGACCAUGACCGCCGCCGCGUCCGUCAGCGCGCCAAGCGUGGUCCACGAGGCCCUCGCCGACGUCAGCGCAGAGCAUGGCUUCAAACAACCAAAGUACCACAUCGCAGAAGGCUCGAAAGCUGGGGAUGGAUACAGCAGCAUUCUGUACCGAGUGACUAUUGAGGAUGAGGACAAGACAGGAGCAGCAGAGAAGCUUGUCGUUAUGUGCAAAACCACACUGUCGGAUGUUGUGGGACGUACGAUUGUACAGUACUUCAAGUCGGAAGCGACGAUGUAUAGCCGGAUUUUACCAGCCCUUAAAAAUAUUGCCACCUUUAAAGAGCCUCUACCUUGGCCAAGAUGCUUUUACACUACAGAAAGCACUUCCGCGAGACCUUGCUUGAUAUUUGAGGACCUGGGUCUUGAAGGCUUCGUGACGGCGAACAGACGCGCCAUCCCUGACGUGCAGCAACUUGUCCUAGCCCUCUCACAGCUUGCCAAAUUCCAUGGUGCAGGAAUGGCACUGCAGCAUCUCAAGCCUGCCGAGUUCAAGGAAAUGACAAAAGAUCUCGGGCUGGUCAUGGCACAAGACGAUCCAGCCGAAAUGAAGAAAUUUCAACAAUUUUUCAGCAUGAUACAGGGAUCGCUCGAAAUUAUUGAAGACAGGUUCCCAGCAGGAAGUGAUGUUAACAACAAAGUUAAAGCCGUGUACGCAGGGCUACAAACCUUCUUUAUGAGUUUGGUAGCUGUUCCUGAGCCCGGGCCAGGCAUCGGCCUUGCCCACGGGGACUGCCACCCAAAUAAUAUGAUGUUCCAGUACGACAAGAUGUCUGGAGCCGUAAAGGCUUGUCGCCUCAUUGAUUUCCAGCUCAGUCGGUUGGGCCACACCGCGAUGGACGUGGCAACUCUUCUGCUGCCUUCCACCGACAAGGCACUGAGGGAUGAGCACUGGGAUGACCUGCUACAAGGCUACCACCGCGAGCUGCAAGAGACCCUGAGGGCCUCAGGCAUCGGCGACCCGGACAGCAUCUAUACGUUUGAACAGUUUACGGGUUUCUUGCGCGAGUCAGCGAAGUACGCCCUCUGCCUGGCCCCCAUCGCCUUGCACGCCAUGUACGCCGACGAGCAGGAGGCCACCGAGCUGCGGGACGCCCUCAACGAGUUCCACAAGACUGGCAGCGAGCAGGCCGGCGGCGUGCCGUUCACCAUCGCCUCGUCAGAGGCAGUGAAGCAGAGGUUCUGUGAUAUCAUACAGAGUCUGGUCGACUGGGGCUGGCUGUAACAACAAACGAGGGCACCAAACAAUAAUAAUAAUAAUAAUAAUAAUAAUAAUAAUAAUAAUAAUAAUAAUAAUAAUAAUAAUAAUAAUAAUAAUAAUAAUAAUAAUAAUAAUAAUAAUAACAACAAUUAAAAGAGUUAAAUAAAGUAAAUUGAAGUUUGA